CUUUACCGGGAGAGCUCGCUGCCUCGCUCGCUCUCCCUCGCCGCAACAACAACAACACAAAAUAAGGACCUACUGUCUCCCCUCCGCAGACCGGGAGUCCCAGGAGCCGCCGACUGCCUCUUUUUUUUUUCUUCUUCUUCUUCUUCUUUUUUUUUUCCCAGAUCUAGUUCCGCUGUUUUUCGGGGUUUUGUUGUUUUUUUGUUUUAUUUUAUUUUUGAUUUCCCUUCCUCUGCCAGAGACCCGAGCGAGUUCGCUGGGCGAGGGGGGAAAAAAAAUCACCCACGUUUUCGCCAAGGGAAUCCCUCUUUCUCUCCUGGAUUUGUGGAUGCACCGAUGAGAGAUCCAGCCUUCCCGGGGACUGCAAUGGCUUACCACCCCUUCCACGCACCCCGACCAGCCGACUUCCCCAUGUCUGCUUUCCUCGCGGCCGCCCAGCCCUCCUUCUUCCCGGCCCUGGCGCUGCCGCCGGCGGCGCUGGCCAAGCCCCUGCCGGACCCCAGCCUGGCCGGGGCGGCCGAGGCCGGGCUGCACGUCUCGGCGCUGGGCCACCCCCACCAGGCCGCCCAUCUGCGCUCCCUCAAGAGCCUGGAGCCCGAGGAGGAGGUGGAGGACGACCCCAAAGUGACGCUGGAAGCCAAAGAGCUUUGGGACCAGUUCCACAAGCUGGGCACGGAGAUGGUGAUCACCAAGUCCGGGAGGAGGAUGUUCCCCCCGUUCAAGGUGCGCGUCAGCGGCCUGGACAAGAAGGCCAAGUACAUUUUGCUCAUGGAUAUAGUCGCGGCCGACGACUGCCGGUACAAGUUCCACAACUCCCGCUGGAUGGUCGCCGGCAAGGCCGACCCGGAGAUGCCCAAGCGCAUGUACAUCCACCCCGACAGCCCGGCCACGGGCGAGCAGUGGAUGGCCAAGCCCGUCGCCUUCCACAAGCUCAAGCUCACCAACAACAUCUCGGACAAGCACGGCUUCACCAUCCUGAACUCCAUGCACAAGUACCAGCCCCGCUUCCACAUCGUGCGGGCCAACGACAUCCUCAAGCUGCCCUACAGCACCUUCCGCACCUACGUGUUCCCCGAGACCGACUUCAUCGCCGUCACCGCCUACCAGAACGACAAGAUCACCCAGCUGAAAAUCGACAACAACCCCUUCGCCAAGGGCUUUCGGGACACGGGCAAUGGCCGGCGGGAGAAGAGGAAGCAGCUGUCGCUGCCGUCGCUGCGGAUGUACGAGGAGCCCUGCAAGCCCGACCGCGACGGCGGCGAGUCGGACGCCUCCUCCUGCGAGCCGGCGGCCGGCCGCGACGCGCUGCACUCCCCGGGCGCCGCCGCCCCCAGCCCCCUGCGCCUCAAGGGCAGCGGCCGAGAGGAGAAGCCGGGGGCCGACAGCGACCAGGAGGCGGAGAAGGCGCCGGCGGAGCGGCCGGCGGGCAGCCCCGGCGGGGAGGACGCGACGCCCCGCGGCAGCCCCCGGUGCCCGGAGGAGCGGAGCAAGGAGCGGCGCAGCCCGGAGAAGGGCAAGGACGGCGCGGCGCCCAAGGAGGGCCCCGUCGAGGGCCUGCUGGGCCUGCGGGGCCUGGAGAAGGACAAGGUGGAGGGGCGGCGGAAAGAGCCGGAGCCGGGCAAGAAGGAGGCGGAGGGCGGCGGGCCGGGCAAGGAGGCCUUCGCCCCGCUGAUGGUGCACACGGACAGCCCCCCGCACCUGAGCGCCGGGCACCUGCAGAGCCUGGCGCUCUCCGGCCUCCACGGGCAGCAGUUCUUCAGCCCGCUGGGCGCCGGGCAGCCGCUCUUCAUCCACCCGGGACAGUUCGCCAUGGCCCCCGGCGCCUUCUCCGCCAUGGGCAUGGGACACUUGCUGGCCUCGGUGGCCGGCGGCGGCGGCCUGGAGAACGGGGCGCUCUCGUCGGCCCCGGGCGCCGCGGGGGCGGCCACCCCCUUCCCGUUCCACCUCUCCCAGCACGUGCUGGCCUCUCAGGGAAUCCCGAUGCCCACCUUCGGCGGCCUCUUCCCCUACCCCUACACCUACAUGGCGGCGGCGGCGGCGGCCGCUUCGGCCAUGCCGGCCGGCGGAGCGGCGGCGGCGGCGGCCCCGCUCUCCCGCAGCCCCUUCCUGGGGGGCGGCCGCCCCCGCCUGCGCUUCAGCCCCUACCCGCUGCCCGUGGGGCUCCCCCCCGGCGGCAGCCUCCUGGCCGCGGGGCUGCCGGGGGGGCUGCAGCCCGCCGGCGAGGGUGCCGCCGGCAGCCGGGAGCCCAGCCCGCCUCCCGGGGGGGCCCCGCCGGCCGGGGGGGGCCACCAGCGCCCCGCCGCCGCCACCUCGCCGGCCGCCGCGCUGCAGGAGGCCCGCAACGAGCUGCAGCACAUCCAGAGACUGGUGAGCGGCCUGGAGGGGCAGCGGGAGCUCUCGCCCGGCCGCGACUCCCCCAAGUGACCGCGGCGCCCGCCAGCACCGGCGUUUUGUACAGCACAGCAUCGCUAUUUAUUGAGGGGCCGGCGGCGGGGGGCCCCGUCCAGGCCGCGCGGCCCCCGGCGUCCCCAGGGCGCCCGGCGCGGCGGGCUGCCGCGGC